AUGUCUGAAGGAAUGGAUCCGUCAGCAGCCGCUCCGAUGAAUCUCGAGGACCGACAAGCAAAUGCCAUCGAAUCUUUUCGUGCUCGAUGCAUAGCGACCGGAUCUGCGUCAGACGAGAGCUCCCUCGGCACCCUCGACACAAUCUUCUUAUUUCACAAGCGCGAAAGCCUUUUAAUGUUCAAGGACAUGGUUCGGAAUUUCAAGUUUAGCCAAGCCGUCGAGACUAUCGUCUACUGUCCUUUACGCUUCGUCAACCGGCCAGAACAUCGAAGUCGGCUGUCGCGUCAAUGUGAACUUGCAGGCAACUACAAUGCACGACCAUACCAGACCUUGCUGGAUUACGACGGUGUUGUGGGAUUGCAGCAAACCGAUGCAUUCAGACAAUUCGCGAACAUGUCUCUGACUCAGGCUCGAUCCGAGCCUCUCACCUACCAAGACGAUACACUGAACGCCGUUAUCGCAGGUUUGGGCGAGGGCCCGCGUCGUUUGGCCUCCCUGACCAUGGUCAACGUCUCGGUCCCUACAAACCUCAGCCGAGCGGUUUUUGAGCAACUGAAGCACGUCCGCGUUAUCGAAUCGACAUACAAUCGCUUUACCGACAGGGACAUUGCGGGCCCCAGAGUAUAUGGCUUAGCUUUGGUCUGUCAUGCCAAGAUGCUCGAAUCCCUUCAACUUCGAAGCAACUCGUUGUUGAUGGGUGACGCAGACAUUCUGCUCGCUCAGCGAUUUGUCAAUUUAAGGUACUGCAGAAUCAGCGGUCUCAAAGUGUCCAGUGCUGCUGCUUUCGCAGUGUUCUUCUUGGCUCAUGCGGAAACACUUGAAUACUUGGUCCUCGGCAACAUCUACCUCGCAUCCGGCACAUGGCAGACAUUCCCCACGGUCCUCAAAGGUCAGAUGAAGAGAUUGAAACAAAUGAAGCUCAACGCACUCUAUCAGCCCGGUCACGACUUGCCCCUCGAAGACUGGCAGACGGACGAGAUCAUAAAGGACAUUGUGUUAUCUGACGGCGAGGAGCAUGGUUCACUAUUCAUGCAUUGCUAUCCUAAUAUUGGGCCGCAGGAUGAUUACAACGAUGAUUACAAUGAUCAUGGGAAGGUCGUGUGGUAAAAGUGGUUGCUAUGCGGGUACACUCUUUGACGGUAUGGAGCUUUUUAUUUGUCUCACCAAAACAGUCCUUACCGCGGUAUUGAAUUGAGGAUGGGAGGAUAUCAAGUUAUCACAGACAGACUUCGCACAAGCAAAACCCUCAUUGUUUCCUAUCC